GGGCUUUGGUGACAAAACGGAUAGCACUGUGAUAGACUGCAUCCAAUUUGCUGAGUAGAGUGUUGGAGGCUAUUUUGUAAAUGACAUCACCGAAGUCAAGGAUCGGUAGGAUAGUCAGUUUUACAAGGGUAUGUUUGGCAGCAUGAGUGAAGGAUGCUUUGUUGCGAAAUAGGAAGCCGAUUCUAGAUUUAAUUUUGGAUUGGAGAUGCCUAAUGUGAGUCUGGAAGGAGAGUUUACUGUCUAACCAGACACCUAGGUAUUUGUAGUUGUCCACAUAUUCUAAGUCAGAACCAUCCAGAGUAGAGGUCAACCGAUUAUGAUUUUUCAACGCCGAUACCGAUACCGAUUAUUGGAGGACCCAAAAAAAGCCGAUCCCGAAUAAUCGGCCUAAUUUUUUAUUUAUUUGUAAUAAUGACAAUUACAACAAUACUGAAUGAACACUUUUAUUUUAACUUAAUAUAAUUCAUCAAUCAAAUCAAUUUACCCUCAAAUAAAUUAUGAAACGUGUUCAAUUUGGUUUAAAUUAUCCAAAAACAAAGUGUUGGAGGAGAAAGUAAAAGUACAAUAUGUGCCUUGUAAAAAAGCUAACGUUUAAGUUCCUUGCUCAGAACAUGAGAACAUAUGAAAGCUGGUGGUUCCUUUUAACAUGAGUCUUCAAUAUUCCCAGGUACGAAGUUUUAGGUUGAGGUUAUUAUAGGAAUUAUAGGACUAUUUCUCUCUAUACCAUUUGUAUUUCAUAUACCUUUGACUAUUGGAUGUUCUUAUAGGCAUUUUGGUAUUGCCAGUGUAACAGUAUAGCUUCCAUCAAUCUCCUCGCCCCUACCUGGGCUCCAACCAGGAACACAUCGACAACAGCCAGCCUCGAAGCAUCGUUACCCAUCGCCCCACAAAAGCCGCGGCCCUUGCAGAGCAAGGGGAACAACUACUCCAAGUCUCAGAGCGAGUGACGUUUGAAACGCCAUUAGCGCGCACCCCCCUAACUAGCUAGCCAUUUCACAUCGGUUACACCAGCUUAAUCUCGGGAGUUGAUAGGCUUGAAGUCAUAAACAGCUCAAUGCUUUAAGCACAGUGAAGAGCUGCUGGCUAACGCACGAAAGUCCUGUUUGAAUGAAUGCUUAUGAGCCUGCUCCUUCCUACCACCGCUCAGUUAGACUGCUCUAUCAAAUAUCAAAUCAUAGACUUAAUUAUAACAUAAUAACACACAGAAAUAUGAGCCUUUGGUCAUUAAUAUGGUCGAAUCUGGAAACUAUCAUUUUGAAAACAAAACGUUUAUUCUUUCAGUGAAAUACGGAACCGUUACGUAUUUUAUCUAGCGGAUGGCAUCCCUAAGUCUAAAUAUUGCUGUUACAUUGUACAACCUUCAAUGUUGUGUCAUAAUUAUGUACAAUUCUGGCAAAUUAAUUACAGUCUUUGUUUGGAAUAAAUGGACUUCACACAGUUCGCAACGAGCCUGGCGGGCCAAACUGCUGCAUAUACCCUGACUGCUUGCACGGAACGCAAGAGAAGUGACACCAUUUUCCCUAGUUAUAAGAAAUUCAUGUUAGGCAAUAUUAACCAAAUAUGCAGGUUUAAAAAUAUAUAUACUUGUGUAUUGAUUUUAAAGAAAGGCAUUGAUGUUUAUGGUUAGGUACACAUUGGUGCAACGACAGUGCUUUUUUCGCGAAUGUGCUUGUUAAAUCAUCACUCGUUUGGCGAAGUAGGCUGUGAUUCGAUGAGAAAUUAACAGGCACCGCAUCGAUUAUAUGCAACGCAGGACACGCUAGAUAAACUAGUAAUAUCAUCAACCAUGUGUAGUUAACUAGUGUUUAUGUUAAGAUUGUUUUUUAUAAGAUUGUCACGAUCGUUUGUAGAAACGGACCAAGGCGCAGCGGGAUUACAGUUCCACAUAAUUUAUUAAUCGUGAAACUUAACAAAAACAAUAAGCAAUAAAUUAACAACGAACCGCGACUACAGAGGUGCUACAUACACUUACUCAAAAUACACAAUUCAAUAUCCCACAAAACACAGGUGGAAAAAAGGCUACCUAAAUAUAAUCCCCAAUUAGAGACAACUAUUACCAGCUGCCUCUAAUUGGGAACCAUAUCAAGCACACCAACAUAGAAAUAUGAAAACUAGAACGCCACAUAGAAAUAAUAAACUAGAACACCACAUAGAAAUAAUAGACAAGAACACCCCAGCCACGCCCUGACCUACUAUACCAUAGAGAAACAAUGGCUCUCUAUGGUCAGGACGUGACAAAGAUAAGUUUAAUGCUAGCUAGCAACUUACCUUGGCUUCUUGCUGCCUUCGCGUAACAGGUAGUCAGCCUGCCACGAAGGCUCCUCGUGGAGUGCAAUGUAAGGCAGGUGGUUAGAGCGUUGGACUAGUAACUGGACGGUUACAAAAACAAAUCCCCGAGCUGACAAGGUAAAAAUCUGUCGUUCUGCCCCUGAACUAGGCAGUUAACCUCUCUGUGGCAGGUGGGACGCAAAAGCGCGCCAUAUUCAAAUAACAUGAUAUAAAAAUCAAACUUUCAUUAACUUCUUUGGGCUGCAAGCCCGAAGCCGGGCACAAUAUGACAACAGCCACUUCAAGUGCAGGGCGCGAAAUUCAAAAUAUAUUUUUUUGAAAUAUUUAACUUUCACACAUUAACAAGUCCAAUACAGCAUAUGAAAGAUAAACAUCUUGUGAAUCCAGCCAACAUGUCCGAUUUUAAAAAUGUUUUACAGCGAAAACACCACAUAGUUAGCUCACCACCAAAUACAAAAAAGGACAGACAUUUUUCAUAGCACAGGUAGCAUGCACAAAGCCAACCUAACUAACCAAGAACCAACCAAACUAACCAAGAAACAACUUCAUCAGAUGACAGUCUUAUAACAUGUUAUACAAUAAAUCUAUGUUUUGUUCGAAAAAUGUGCAUAUUUGAGGUAUAAAUCAGUUUUACAUUGCAGCUACCAUCACAGCUACCGUCACAAAUAGGACCGAAGCAGCCAGAGUAAUUACAGCCACCAACGUCAAAUACCUAAAUACUCAUCAUAAAACAUUUCUGAAAAAUCAAUGGUUUAUAGCAAAUUAAAGACUUGUGAAUCCAGCCAAUAUUUCCGAUGUUUUAAGUGUUUUACAGCGAAAACAAAAUAUAGCAUUAUAUUAGCUUACUACAAUAGCCUACCACACUACCGCAUUCAUUCAUCAAGGCACGUUAGCGAUAGCAAUAGGCACGUUAGCGAUAGCGAAUAAACCAGCAAAAGAUAUCUAAUUUUUGACUAACCUUGAUAAGCUUCAUCAGAUGACAGUCAUAUAACAUCAGGUUAUACAUACACUUAUGUUUUGUUCGAAAAUGUGCAUAUUUAGAUCUGAAAUCAGUGGUUAUACAUUGUGCUAACGUAGCAUCUUUUUCCCAGAAUGUGCGGAUAUUUUUAUGGCACUCAACUAUUCUGACCAAAUAACUAUACAUAAACGUUACUAAAAAAUACAUGUAUAGGAAAUGAUAGAUACACUAGUUCUUAAUGCAAUCGCCGUGUUAGAACUCUAAAAAUAACUUCAUUACGACAUCCAGCUUAGGUAUAGCGAGAGAGUACCCAAAAUCUGGGCGCAAACAACUAUUUCAGAUGUUCGACAGAUAUAUGAAAUAGCAUCAUAAAAUGGGUCCUACUUUUGAUGAUCUUUCAUCAGAAUGUUGUACAAGGGGUCCUUUGUCGGGAACAAUCGUUGUUUGGAUUUAGAAUGUCCUCUUCUCCAGUCAAUUAGCACGGAAAGCUAGCAAAGUGGCGCGAAGCUCUCCUUCCUGAACAAAGGCACACAACGCAACACGGGUAACGUCCCGAAAAAAUUUCAAUAAUCUAAUAAAACUAUAUUGAAAAAACAUACUUUACGAUGAUAUUGUCACAUGUGUCAAAUAAAAUCAAAGCCGGAGAUAUUAGUCGUCUAUAACGACAGCUUAUUAGAAGGCAAAACCAGGUCCCUUCACGCGCUCUCCAGAAAACAGGAAACUGGUGACACGUCAUGCCGAGAGCUUUUAUUCGACCCCAGAUCAAGUUAUACACUCAAUUUCUUCUCUCACUGCCUGUCGACAUCUAGUGGAAGACGUAUGAAGUGUAUGUAUUCUAAUAAAUUUCAAGGACAUUUAUAGGCAGGCCCUAGAACAGAGCAUCGAUUUCAGAUUUUCCACUUCCUGUCAGGAAGUUUGCUGCAAAAUGAGUUCUGUUUUACUCACAGAUAUAAUUCAAAUGGUUUUAGAAACUAGAGAGUGUUUUCUAUCCAAUAGUAAUAAUAAUAUGCAUAUUGUACGAGCAAGAAUUGAGUACGAGGCCGUUUGAAAUGGGCACCUUUUAUCCGGCUACUCAAUACUGCCCCUGCAGCCCAAACAGGUUAAAUCACACAUGUAAGAUACCAAAUUAAAGCUACACUCGUUUUGAAUCCAGCCAACAUGUCAGGUUUCAAAAAGGCUUUUCGGCGAAAGCAUAAGAUGCUAUUAUCUGAUGAUAGCACAACAGUAAACAAAGAGAGUAGCAUAAUUCAACACUGCAAGCACGACACAAAACGCAGAAAUAAAAUAUAAAUCAAGCCUUACCUUUGACGAAAUUCUUUUGUUGGCACUCUAAUAUGUCCCAUAAACAAAUGGUCCUUUUGUUCGAUAAAUUCCUUCGAUAUAUAUCCAAAAUGUCAAUUUAUUUGGACCCUUUCAUCCAGAAAAACACAGCUUCCAACUUUCGCCAAGUCACUACAAAAUAUAUCAAAAGUUACAUGUAAAUACGUGUUCAAUACAAAAAGAAAACAAACUGAUGCAACUUUUUUCGUAACGUGCCUCUUCUCAAAAAAUUUACUUCAUGUGACCCUCAUUUACGAUAGCCCUACUUCUUCACUACACAAAGGAAUAACCUCAACCGAUUUCCAAGGACUGGUGACAUCCAGUGGAAGCGGUAGGAACUGCGCGCAAGUCCAUUAGAAAUCUGGUGUCUCUAAGAAAUCUCAUUGAAAAGACAGUGACAUCAAAAAAAUACAAAUUCUGAAUGGUUUGUCCUCAGGGUUUUGCCUGCUACAUAAGUUCUGUUAUUCUCACAGACAUGAUUCAAACAGGUUUAGAAACUUCAGAGUGUUUUCUAUCCAAAUCUACUAAUAAUAUGCAUAUCUUAUAUUCUGGGGAUGAGUAGCAAGCAGUUGAAUUUUGGCAUGCUAUUUUUCCGAAAGUGAAAAUGCUGCCCCCUGCCCUCAAGAAGUUAACCGACCGUUCCUAGGCCGUCAUUGAAAAUAAGAAUUUGUUCUUAACUGACUUGCCUAGUUAAAUAAAGGUGUAGAAGGCCUCCCGGGUGGUGCAGUGGUCUAGGGCACUGCAUCGCAGCGCUAGCUGCACCACCAGAGACUCUGGGUUCGCGCCCAGGCUCUGUCGCGACCGGGAGGUCCGUGGGGCGACGCACAAUUGGCCUCGCGUCGUCCGGGUUAGGGAGGGUUUGGCCGGUAGGGAUAUCCUUGUCUCAUCGCGCACCAGCGACUCCUGUGGCUGGCCGGGUGCAGUGCGCGCUAACCAAGGGAGCCAGGUGCACGGUGUUUCCUCCGACACAUUGGUGCGGCAGGCUUCCAGGUUGGAGGCGCGCUGUGUUAAGAAGCAAUGCGGCUUGGUUGGGUUGUGUUUCGGAGGACGCAUGGCUUUCGACCUUCAUCUCUCCCGAGCCCGUACGGGAGUUGUAGCGAUGAGACAAGAUCGUAAUUACUAACAAUUGGAUACCACGAAAUUGGGGAGAAAAGGGGGUAAAAAAAAGAAAAAAUGUAAUUAGAAUAAAGGUGUAGAAAAAAAUACAGAUUACCGAUUGUUAUGAAAAAAUUGGCCCUAAUUAAUCAGCGAUUCCGAUUAAUCGGUCGACCUCUAGUCCAGAGUAGUGAUGCUGGACGGGCGGGCAGGUGUGGGCAGCAAUCGGUUGAAGAGCAUGCAUUUAGUUUUACUUGCAUUUAAGAGCAGUUGGAGGGCACAGAAUGAGAGUUGUAUGGCAUUGAAGCUUGUCUGGAGGUUGGUUAACACAGUGUCCAAAUAAGCGUAGAGGUGGAUCAGAGAAUCACCAGCAGCAAGAGCGACAUCCUUGAUGUAUACAGAGAAAAGAGUUGGCCCGAGGGUUGAACCCUGUGGCACCCCCAUAGAGACUGCCAGAGGUCCGGACAACAGGCCCUCCGAUUUGACACACUGAAGUAGUUGGUGAACCAGGCGAGGCAGUCAUCUGAGAAAUCAAGGCUGUUGAGUCUGCCGAUAAGAAUGUAGUGAUUGACAGAGUCAAAAGCCUUGGCCAGGUCGAUGAAUACAGCUGCACAGUAUUGUCUCUUAUCAAUGGUGGUUAUGAUAUCGUUUAGGACCUUGAGCGUGGCUGAGGUGCACCCAUGGCCAGCUCGGAUACCAGAUUGCAUAGCGGAGAAGGUACGUGGGAUUUGAAAUGGUCGGUGAUCUGUUUGUUAACUUGGCUUUCGAAGACCUUAGAAAGGCAGGGUAGGAUAGAUAUAGGUCUCUAGCAGUUUGGGUCUAGAGUGUCUCCCCCUUUGACGAGGGGGAUGACCGCGGCAGCUUUCCGAUCUUUGGGGAUCGCAGGCGAUACGAAAGAGAGAUUGAAUAGGCUAGUAAUAGGGUUUGCAACAAUUUCGGCUGAUAAUUUUAGAAAGAGAGGGUCCAGAUUGUCUAGCCCGGCUGAUUUGUAGGGGUCCAUAUUUUGCAGCUCUUUCAGAACAUCAGCUAUCUGGAUUUAGGUGAAGGAGAAAUGGGGGAGGCUUGGGCAAGUUUCUGUGGGGGGUGCAGGGCUGUUUACCGGGGUAGGGGUAGCCAGGUGGAAAGCAUGGCCAGCCGUAGAAAAAUGCUUAUUGAAAUUCUCAAUUAUCGCAGAUUUAUCGGUGGUGACAGUGUUUUCUAGCCUCAGUGCAGUGGGCAGCUGGGAGGAGGUGCUCUUAUUCUCCAUGGACUUUUUUGAGUUUGUGCUAUGCAAAUUUCUGUUUGAAAAAGCUAGCCUUAGCUUUCCUAACUGCCUGUGUAUAUUGGUUCCUAACUUCCCUGAAAAGUUGCAUAUCGCGGGGGCUAUUCGAUGUAAAUGUAGUACACCACAGGAUGUUUUUGUACUGGUCAAGGGCAGUCAGGUCUGGAGUGAAACAAGGGCUGUAUCUGUUCCUGGUCCUACAUUUUUUGAAUGGGGCAUUCUUAUUUAAGAUUGUGAGGAAAGGACUUUUAAAGAAUAACCAGGCAUCCUCUACUGAUGGAAUGAGGUCAAUAUCCUUCCAGGAUACCUGGGUCAGGUCGAUUAGAAAGGCCUGCUCGCUAAAGUGUUUUAGGGAGCGUUUGACAGAGAUGAGUGGUGGUUGUUUGACCGCAGACCCAUUGCGGACGCAGGCAAUGAGGCAGUGAUUGCUGAGAUCCUGGUUGAAGACAGCAGAGGUGUAUUUGGAGGGCAGGUUGGUUAGGAUGAUAUCUAUGAGGGUGCCAGUGUUUACGGAUUUGGGGUUGCACCUGGUAGGUUCAUUGAUAAUUUGUGUGAGAUUGAGGGCAUCAAGCUUAGAUUGUAGGAUGGCCGGUGUGUUAAGCAUGUCCCAGUUUAGGUCACCUAACAGCACGGGCUCUGAAGAUAGAUGGGUGGGCAAUCAAUUCACAUAUGGUGUCCAGUGCACAGCUAGGGGCAGAAGGUGGUCUAUAGCAAGCGGCAAUGGUGAGAGACUUGUUACAGGAAAGGUGGAUUUUGAAAAGUCGAAGCUCAAAUUGUUUGGGCACAGACCUGGAUAGUAAGACAGAACUCUGCAGGCUAUCUCUGCAGUAGAUUGCAACGCCGAGGUCUCUGACCUCCUCCCUUUAGGUCAUCUAAUCGUCGGCAGUGUCAGGCCUACCACCGUUGUGUCGUCUGUAAACUUAAUGAUGGUGUUGGAGUCGUGUGCUGCCACGCAGUUGUGGGUGAACAAGGAGUACAGGAGGGGACUAGGCACACACCCCUGAGGGGCCCCCGUGUUGAGGGUCAGUGUGGCAAAUGUGUUGUUGCUACCUUCACCACCUGGGGGCGGCCCGUCAGGAAGUCCAGGAUCCAUAUGCAAAGGGGGUGUUGGGUGUUUAAUCCCAAGGUCCUUAGCUUAGUGAUAAGCUUGGAGGCCACUAUAGUGUAUAAUGCUGAGGUGUAGUCAAUGAACAGCAUUAUCAUGUAGGUGUUCAUUUUGUCCAGGGGGUAAAGGGCAGUGUGGAUCAUCUGUGGAUCUGUUGUGGCGGUAUGCGACUUGGAGUGGCGCCAGGGUAUCUGGGAUGAUGGUGUUGAUGUGAGCCAUGACCAGCCUUUCGGAAAAUUUUGUGGCUACAGAUGUGAGUGCUACGGGGUGAUUUAGACCUGUCAUUUAGACAGGUUACCUUGGCGUUCUUGGGCACAGGGACAAUGAUGGUCUGCUUGAAACAUGUAGGUAUUACAGACUGGGUCAGGGAGAGGUUGAAAAGGGCAGUGAAGACACUUGCCAGCUGGUCAGAGCAUGCUCUGAGUAUGGGUCCUAGUAAUGGGUCCUAGUAACUUGACAGCGAUGAAAAAUACAGAUGACAACUUUUGGUUAAUAGUGUGGUCUACAGUUUAUCGUGAGGUAUUCUAACUCAGGCAAGCAGAACCCUCAGAAAACUGGACAUAGGAAUGUUCUUGCAAUGUUCUCAUGAAAAGUCUAGAACCUUAAUGUCUUAUAUUCUGAGAACAUGUCAACCAUGUUUUCUGUAUGUUUUGUGUGAUGUUGAUGAAAUAUUCUAGUAACCCUCAGUGGAUAGAAUGUUCCCCUAACUAACACAAAACUAGACACUCAAACAUUAGGGGAAUGUUAUGGGUAACAUUACAAAAUUUUUCUCUCUCCCUAUAAUUGUUAGCUGGGUAAAUAACACCUCAAGUGGACCCCUGCUCUGUCCUGGGUCAACCAGCCAGCUAGUUAUCUUACUGCACACACACUCUCACACACACACACACACACACACACACACACACACACACACACACACACACACACACACACACACACACACACACACACACACACAAAUAUAUAUAUACACACACACACACAGGUGUAUUCCAAAAACACUCCUCUCCUGAAAUGGCAUUGGUGCUCCAGCCAGUAGAAUGGGGAGGAGGAGUUGGAGGGAGGUUUAAAAAUAUAUCCACACAACCAGGCCGUUCAGACAUUUUGAUAUUCUGUCUCUAUCUUGGUCCGAUCGGGAGGUCUUGAUAAAUCUCUUCCCACCGUGGGGACAGAUAAGAGCAGCGCAGAUUGAAUAAAAAAUAGCUAGGGAGAGAUGGAGGGAACAAGAGAGAGGGGUACAGAGGAGAUCUGAGAUGUCUUUUAAGUUUGUUUUGUCUUGCAGAUCCAGUUCAAGGACGCCCGCAGGCGAGGCAGCGGCAGCUCUCUCUCUCUUGCCGUGCCAACGAUGCCACUCAAGGUCCCCCUCUGAGAUCAGGAGAGCGGAAAGGCACCACGGAGAGAACAGCCCCCAGGCUUCCUGACAGACAGACAUCCGAAACCACGGAAUGCAUCAAAAUCACUGUGGUGGUGAAACCCGCUGACUCCUCGUUCCUCGCCGUUCGCUGCAUAAGCUUGGACCCGGGCAUUCUGGGAGCAUCCGGUGUCACAGGCACACAGGAAUGCCAGUGACGGCUGGGUGAGAGCCCCUAAAUGGCUCCCGUCAUGGCCACAGUUUUUUUGUGUUAGUGUCACUUUCCACUGUGGAGAAGAGAAUACUGUACAUUGAGCCAGUGGAAUCUAGAACCUGUAAAAUACUCUAGAACCUGCCCAUGUGCAUCCUCACCUCUUAUCAAUAUCUGGAAGUACUGUACCUGAUGACCUAGUGGACCUUGUUAUUCCCAGUAGCAGUGCUGAACCAUACGAGGGGGAUCCUAGUAUUGAACAUGACUCAUGGGGAGGAGCCUGGCCCUGAGACACACACGGAUUCAGCUGUUCUAACUUAUCUGGAAGGUUUACUGAUGCAUCCCGUGGCGGCUGGGCCUGGGGCCACGGCAACCCGGAGAUCGGAGGCUCCCCACGGGCACGGCAACCAGAUGGAGCAGGUCAACAAGGCGGCCCGGCCCUUCCAGCUUCCCAGCCACAGCCCUGCUAUUGCCGCUGUUCAGAAGGCUGGCAAUGGGAACGGUCCCACACUGCACCAUGGGGCCUCCCAGAACCUGAAGAAGGCCCGGCUGCUCCGCUCAGGGCCCUGGAACGAGCCUGGGGCCCAGAGGCUGAGCUCCCCCCCUGUGGAGCUGAAUGGCCAGGGAGGAGGAGGAGGCCUGCAAAACGGGGCCCUGGAGGGCUCUCCUCACGCUGGGGAGAGCACACUGCUGGCCUCCCUGCUCCAGUCAUUCAGCUCCAGACUGCAGAGUGUGGCCAUGUCGCAGCAGUCUACCAAACCCCCCAGCGAGCACUCCCCGCCCACCGAUCCCCCUCCUCCUGCAGACAAGGAGCAGCUCCCCUGCUACGGAAUGGCCUCCAGCCGCCUCAAGGGCCUGAUGAGGAAGACCAAGCUGCAGAACCACAGCAGCACGCCUUACAGCCGGCGAGGCCACAGCCACGGCCACAGCCAGGAAAGGCCCUGUGAGUCCCCCCGCUCGGUGCAGAGCAGCACGCCUCCCUCCGCCCCCAUUGCUGCUGCUGCUGCCACUGAUGCUGUGUCCUGUGCUGAACGGCUCAAGGCUGUGGCCAACCUGGUGAAGAUCCGCUCCAGCCCUGCCCCCUCUCCCAAGCCCAGUGUGGCCUGCAGUCAACUGGCCCUUCUGCUGUCCAGUGAGGCCCACCUGCAGCAGUAUUCCCGGGAGCACGCCAUCAAGGCCCAGCUCUCUGGACGCUCGGCCAGCGAGAGGCUGGCCGCCAUGGCAACGCAACAGACCCAGGACAAGAGACCGCCCAGCACAGAAGAUGCUCCGCCCACCAGCGCCACCACCCCCACCCUAGACGUGCUAAGCUCCUUAACCACCCAAAACGGGACAACGACAGCAACACUCCCCCGACUGGCACUAAACUCCAGCUCCAGCCAGCGGAGCCCCUCCUCUCUGCUGCCAGUCCAUAGCUCACCACACCCGACCCCUCCUCCUCUGCCCCUCACCCACAACACCCAGACCCAACCCCAAACCCCCACUAGGGAGAAACGGGGAUUUGAUUCGCGCUCCACUAGGCCUCCCCAGACCUGCAGCAGCCUGCUCCUGCUGCUCCUCAACAACCACAACAACCAGAAGCAGCUGACUAAGAACGGGCACCUGGAGGACGACUGCGGGGUCCUGCCUGCCAGCCGCGGCUCCUCAGUCACCUCUGACAGUGAGUGCUCUGUCCAGGAGAAAAGCCUAGCCAAGAGAGAGGAGAGCUGCAGCGAUGCAGAGAUCUCCUUCUCCAGCUGCUCUCCCAUUGACCUCUCUAUGAGGAGCAGGGCCAGCACCAGAGCUCCAGAGACCAGUCCUAAAGCCACCUCCUCUUCCACGUCUGCUUCUUACUCCUCCUCUUCUACUGCUUUCUCCUCCAACUCCUCUUCUGCUGUUUUCUCCUCUGCCCCCACUGUCUUUUCCUCUUCCACUAUUGCUUUCUCUUCCUCCUCUACCAUUCUCUCCUCUUCCUCCAAGACUUUCUGUUCCUCCUCGUCCUCGUCCUUAGACAAACUUACUGAGUCCCUUCUAAACAAGUGGAAGCCGGAUCCCUCCGGGCCAAAGGUCACCCAGGUUAAGAAGGAGCUUGAAAUGAGCCCAGACCUUAAAUCCCAGCCCAAGGUCACUCUCAUGCAGCUCCUUCUGGAGCGCAGGAAUAACGACAAGGUAAACAAAAUUGUGGUUAAUCCAGAUUUGCAGCAUGACGCAACUCUGUCCAGUCUGUCACGGGUCCCACUUAAAUCACUGGCCCCCUGGGAGGAAGUCAGGAUACAGAGCCCUCUGGACAGACCAGGCCCAGGCCUUCCCAUGUACUCUCUCAGCCGAGACCCCAGCAGCACCCCGUCCCCGUUCUCCUACCCCUCUCCCUAUGUCCAGUCUAGCCCUCUGGAUCUAUGUAAGUCUAAACCCUUCCCUGUUGAGAAAGCUGCAACUGAGCCGGCGUUCAGCGCCAGCAAACUGUUACAGAACCUGGCCCAAUGCGGCACCGCCUCACCCUCCCCGCCCAUGGUUCCUAGCAAAGUACCCAGCCAGGAUCUGGAGGUGGGUGGUGGCAGGCCUCUGGCCCUGCUGGAGAGGCUCAACGCCCCCAUCCAGAGGAACACAACAUGUACCCCCCUCUCAGACGGGCCCUCAGGCAGCGGCACACCGUCGUUCAGCCGUUGGGGGGAAGUGUCGCCCCCCGCAUCCCAGAUCGAGAAUCUUCUAGAGCGUCGCACGGUGCUGCAGCUCCUGCUGGGAGCAGGUUCCUCCUCUACCUCCUCCGUGGCCUCAGCCACCCACAGAGACAGGUCUGGUGGGAGGGGCAGUGUGGAGACGGCGGCGGGGGGCUGCUAUGAGAAGCCCCCUGGCACUUCUGUCAUCUGUGACAACUCCAACGGGCCCACGGCAGCAGACAUCAAGGUCAAAACUGAACCGGGGGAGGAGGGCCUGGACCUGUUGUCCUCUGCUGUGUGUGAGGAUAUGACGAGCCAAAAGAGACGGGGAGGAGGAGCAGGGUAUAACUACAGGCAUAACCCAUUCUCUGAACCCCAGCAGGACCUAAAAACAGAGCCCCGGCCCACAGAAGUCAUUGCUAAAUAUGGCCUCCUGAGCCAGCUCUUAAAACAGCAGAGCGCUACCUACUACACCAGCGCUGCACAACUGCAAACAGAUCGCCGGCCCAGCCCUGUCCAUGUAAAGGAGGAGCAGAGAGACUACCACCAGGGGCCUAGCCCUAAAAAGAUACGGCUCUGCACGGAGCUGGCUGAGAGCCUGAACAAUGGCAGCCCUCAGCGGGCAGUGGUGGACAGUGGAGGCAGCUACAGCCACAGCAGCCUGGUUCACAGCCUGGUCCAUAAGCAGAUACAGGAGGAGCCUGACUACCACAAGGUCCUGAGGGGGCCUAAAGUGGAAGAGACCCAAGCCAGGAGCCCCAGCAGUGAAGCUCUCCUCCCUAGGGAGAGCCGGGGCUUCAAUGUGCUUAAACAGCUGCUCUUGUCUGACAACUGUCUGAAGGAGCUGUCCCAGCAUCCCCGGGGGGGGCCCAGCCCCUCUGUCCUGCAGGCCAAUGGUAAAGCCAAUGGGAGCGUCCUUAACCUCAAUCAGCCGGGCUACAAUCACCACAACCUCCUCAACCUGCCUACUCUGCCCUGGCACCACCCCAACUCCCAUAACUCCCUCAGUUCAGGGCCCCCCAGCCACCUCAGACCGCAGCCAACAACCCCCCCAACAGGGGACAGCAGCCAACGCUCCCCCUGGGGGCGCCACACAGCCCCCCCACCCCACCAGGACUCGCCCAAACGGGACCCCACUCCAGUGAAACGGGAGCCGGAGAGCCCAGGGCAGUGGGCAGGUCGGGACCGGGAGGAGGAGUGCUCUGAUUCGAGCCCAGACUCCCCCCGGCUGACCCGCUCCAACCCCAUCCUAUACUACAUGCUGCAGAAAGGCAGCACUCAGCUGAGGAGGGAGGGGAGGGACCAGGCAGAGGGGACCCAGGGGUCAGUGCCAGGGGGGGUGAGGGUGAAGGAGGAGCCGGGUACUAACAGCAAUGAUGCCUACAACCACAGACUGAGCUCCACCACCACCUCCACCCAGCACUCCUCCCUGUCCCCUCCCUACAACAACGACAAGCACAGUCACAAGAACUAUAGGCUGAGCGACUCAUCUGAUAAAUGGUAGUUUUAUGAACUAAUUACUUUUAUGAACUAAAACAUAAAAAAGACACAAAGGGGAAAAGAUCGCAAAGUUUCUUUUUUUUCUUCCUUUUUUUACUGACUUGCCAAAUUCAUUUGUAGUUUAAUGAGAAGAAGUAACAGCAAGUAAUGCAGGAGUGAGGAUUUUGAAAGAGAAGAACAGAGAAAAUGAGUUCAAGGCAUUCGUUUCAUUAUUGUAUCAUAAUUCUAGAUGGCUCAGGUUGCAGGAUGGGUGGUACGAUACAGCUCUACUUCAACAGAAUGUCAAAUUAUGUGCACCAAAAUGAUCGUCAAAUUUUAGCGUUGCCCACUGGUGAUUUCCAUACAGUAUGUAUUUCACAUUGUCAAAUGAUUGAAAGAAGGCACCAUUCAUUUUACUCCAAUGAUUUGUGCCUGUAUUGCACACAUAUCACUAUUCUGUGUCCUCUUUGUUGCUACUCGUAAAACAUUGAUGAAGAACAUUUCCAGCUACAUUUAUUAUUGAUGACUCCAAAAAUGUUAGCGCUCAGUUCACUGCAUAUUUAUUUAUUUUUUUAGAUUAACAGAGAUCAUCACUUUUAGAUCAGAUUCUAAAUAAAGUCAUACCGGUGCAAGCACAGCAGUACAUUAAAAUGUACACGUUAGAGACAUAUUUAAAGGAAAACCUUGUGAACAAUGUUAAUCAAAUCUACUAAAGGUACCUAGAGUUCCAUUCUGUUUGAAGGCUCUGUAUUGGUUGCUACUGUAACUUCUCCUCAAGUGUGAUUUCAUUUUUUGAUCAUCAGUGAAUCAGCUGUCAACUGAUAGACUGGGCUCAUGUGGUCACAACGCAUUGCAUUUUGCUUUGAUCUGAAAUGAACUUGUUGGGGCUUCGUUUUGACAGUGCAAAUGCAAGGUAACAUUGUCUUAGUAGAUGGUAAUACAACUGGUAAUCCAGCUAUUACUAAAUAGUAGUAGUAGAGGGUAUUUUAAAACCUUGCCGAGCAUACCUGUGGGGUAUACAGGUUCGGAGCAACAGUUCAAAGACUGCAGUAUCUGCAUAACUGUUACAUUCCAAAUGAAUUCAAAAUGAACACAGCUCUCUCACACAUACUAAAUCUUGGUUUUGAAAUAUAAAUUAAUAUUCUGAAAUAAAUAAUACAGUCUCAUUUGAUAUUGUACCCCUGAGUUUGCACUGUCAAAGUUUAGCUCUUGGUGACCUUAAAAAUAAUAUGUUUAUGGCAUGUAAUGAAAAACUGUCAGUGUUGUUAUCCGUUGAGAUUUUGACAGUUUGUGAAGUUUAUUUUGUGUUUAUUGAUUCUCGUGCUUUAUGGACACCAUUUACUUUUUUUGCGGUUUCUUAGCUCAUAUUAAAAUGUCUAAAUAUUUGCAUGGAAAUAAAGAGAAAACCGCAGGUACAUUUGAAAGCAGCAGGAUAUGAUGUGAACCUGCCACCCAAGAAUCAUUGAGACAUUUUUGGUGUCUUUUGAGGGCUUAUCUGAUGUCUAGCUCCUUAUUUUGAUUGUACUGUUUCUGGUUUCAGUUUCACACACUGCUGUCAUGCAUUUAGUCUUACAUGUGAUAUUUUUUUAUACAUAUACAUAUGAAGUACAUAUGAAGUAGAUGUUUCUUCUAUUAUUAAAACAUUUUCACAAUGGUUAAACAUAUUUGUGUAAAUAGUACUUUCAUUAUGAAAGAUAACUAUUUUGUAUUGUUGAAGAAAAAUAUAUGACCCUAGUUUUUAAUGCCCUGAAAAAUGUAAAUAUGAAUUCAAUGCCUAUUAAUGUAAAUACAUACAAAUGGCAGAGGAUACUAUGCCCGUUUUUUGGUUGGUUUGUUCUUUGCAUGUGUCUAUGUGGUAAAUGAUAAUCUAUCCUGCGCUGUGUUGUGUAAUACUGUCUGACUCUCCUCACUGCUGCCUGUUGCAUGCAGACGCAUGGGAACUACCUGUGUAUCCCUACUGGUGAUGGGGCAAAAUGUCAAGUCUUAAAAUAGGUCUUUUUAUCACAGAGAGAGAGACAGUCAUUUAGAACAUGAACAGUCCCUAAAUAACCACAGACUGCUGAGCAAGUGGAGAAAACGUGUGAAAAUAAACGUGCAUUGAAUAUUUUUGUGAUUUUAUUUUCUGUUACUGGUUGACGACAGAGCUCGGAUCGACGGCGCUUGAGGGUUUUAGCGGAUGAAUGAAGUACAAUCAUCAUUGUGCAUCGUGCAUCUGAAACAUGCAUUUGUAGCAAAAAGAAGUGUUUCGUUUUUCCAUGUGACAACCUGAAACAUUAUUUCAUUUUUUAUGUUUGAAUUUUUUUGGUGUUCAUUUGCACUGAUAUCUCCAAAAUAAAGUACUAAAAUGCU